AUGUCCACUAGACACGCCGCCACACGCUUGCUAGCCCGAGCGGGAAGCUCACGACAGACCCUCGCCCCCAUCGCAACUCGAGCUGCAUCUACAUCCACGUCGACCCCCGCCGCCUCAUCCUCCUCUUCAUCUUCGUCAUCUUGGCAACCAGCUCUUCCAGCUGGAAUAUCACCAGCAUACGACGCAGCUUUAUCUUACCUCUCUUCUCAUCAGUCUACGACACUCUCGAAACUCGACAGAUUACGUUCGAGAGUAGAUGCGAACAAUCCCGACCCGGAUUUAUUGCAGAGGAUCGAUCAAUUGGAAGUAGAGGCAUACAGCAAUGAUCCGGCUAUUCGAAGGUCAUUCAGAGAGACGGGCGGGAAAGGUCAGAUGGGUCAGACGAUCUUCAGGUGGCUGAGCGAAGAGAAAUGGAGAAAACAAGGUGGUUUGGAUCUACUCAUGCAAAGGUUGUUACAGAUGAAUGUCGUGCCCGAUUUAUUACCCACUUUACCACCUACUUCACCUCUUACCAUUACCCUCAACCAAGUGAUAGAACCUGGAUCGAUCCAACCUCCCUCCUUAUUCUCCGAACCACCAAUCAUACAUUCCCAGCUAUUCCAUCACCCCUCUUUACCCACUACCACACAGGCGAAUCCCGAGGCGUUACAUACGUUAUUGGUGAUUGAUCCGGACUCUCCGUCUCAUGAGACACACUCGUUCCAACAGCGAGUACAUUUCCUCAAGCGAGACAUUCCCUUAUCGGUCCUCUCCGGCGAGGUCAACCUGGCAGAUACAGCUGUAGGAAAAGAGGUGUUGGGAUGGGAAUCACCAGCUCCGGAACAAGGUACACCAAAUCAUCGUUAUGUAUUCCUACUAUUCCGACAAACGCAAUCACAGUCAUCUUCGUCCGUGAACUCAAGAGAAGAUUUCGAUCUGAGACAGUAUCUAAGUGAGAAUGACCUGGUGAUAGAUGAUUUAGUUGGGAUCAAUAUGUUUAGAAGUAAAUGGUCUCUCGAAGAGAACGAAUUCAUAAAUAAUGUGUAUAUCAGCCAAAGAGGUGUAGAAGGAGGAGCACCGGUAUAUGGUAAAGUACCCAAACAAGUUAGGUAUGGAUAUCCGAUGUCAGCCAAGAGACAACGUAUAGAAGAGGCUAGAGAAGAUGCGUGGAACAGUGCGGUUGCGGAGCUGGAGGGGUUGGUACAUGACGUAGAGGGAUUAGCUGGAUCUGCUGAAGAAACGGAGAAGGUGAGAGUGUAA